AUGGCCUCGGCGGUUGACAUUCAAAGCUACAGCACGUUGGUAUCGGCAGCCUCGUCAAGAGUGGAUGGAGACAACUCGGGAGCAACGUUUGGCAGCCUUGCAAGCCUCCGCUGGGAUCAGCAGCCUGGCAGAGCUGGGCAAUGGGCGCCUGGCCUGCCUGGGACUUGCCCGUCAUCAAAUGGCGGGGUAGCUCCGGGCCUGGCGCCCGCCCACUCAACUCCUCCCUUGAGGCUGGUUGGCUGGCUGGGCCCCAGUGGGCCGGGCUGGCAGAGAGGCACUGGAGGCCCGCCGACCGUUCGGUUCGUUCAGCCUCACGCGGGGCUACCAGAAUCCAACAAGAAGGCUCCCCAUCCCAAGCCCUAA